AAACUUCCAUUUCUAGAAAACCCCGACUCUCCCCCUCCUUCCCUUUCAACUGCUAAAUCCUCCCCCUUCCUCCUCCUCCUCCUGCGGAUCACCACUAACCCCAUCUCUCUCUCUCUCUCUCUCUCUCUCUCUCUCUCUAUUUAUGUACCCUCCAGGCUCUUCCACUGUUGUCUUCACUCUCUUCUCUUUUUCAGUGCCAGAGAGAGAGAGAGAGAGAUGGGGAGGGGGAGGAUAGAGAUAAAAAAGAUUGAGAACCCAACAAAUAGACAAGUCACCUACUCAAAGAGGAGGGUCGGGAUCAUGAAGAAAGCCAACGAGCUCACCGUUCUCUGUGACGCUGAGGUCUCUGUUGUUAUGUUCUCGAAUACUGGCAAGUUUGCUGAGUACUGCAGCCCCUCCACCAAUACCAAGAGCAUCAUGGAUCGAUACCAGCAAGUUACUGGGAUUGACUUGUGGAAAGAUCAAUACGAGAGCACACUGAGGAGUCUGAAGGAAAGUAACCAUAAUCUUCGGAAGGAAAUAAGGCAGAGGAUGGGUGAAGAUCUUGAUGAGUUGGGCGUCGAGGAACUGCGCGGUCUUGAGCAAAGUUUGGAUGAAACGUUGGUGCAUGUUCGUCAGAGGAAAUAUCACGUGAUCACCACACAGACAGACACCUAUAAGAAGAAGUUGAAAAACACCCACGAAACGCAUCAGAGCCUGCUACAUCAACUGGAGAUGAAAGAUCAGCACCAAGGUUACAGGUUUGUAGCUGAACGUGCUCUUUCAACCGCAAACGACGCUACUCAAAUGUUUGCGUAUCAAGUUCACUCAAGCCAGCAAAACCUCCUGGAGCUCGGAUACGGGUCCCGUGAUCUGAGUAUUGCUUAAUAUACAAUACGCGUACGAGUGCUCAUGGGCGUCAAAAGCUUGAGUAUUGUCUUUAUAACUUUUCAUACAAGAAAUCGCUAUUCUUGUAUCAAUCAAUUACUUCACAUCCAGUCAGUUGAGCUGUCAUGUGUGUAUAAAAAAAAAUUUGAACAAGGUGGUGCCUUUUCAGGGACAAUAUUAUUUACAUAUUUGAUUUAGGUGGCGGGUCAUUUCUGCCAUCUAAAUAAUUGUCUUGGACUAUUUGCGCCUCUCUCUUUUAUAAUGAUGCGUGCCUGUAACCAUUUGGUUUCCCGAAUUAUGCAAACUCUUGCUUUCAACUUGA